AUGCAGUACUACGCAGCAGCGGCGGUCUUCGCCUCGGGCCUGGUCGCCUCGGCCAGUGCCGGCAGUGUGCACGCGAUGCACCACAACCUGCACAAGCGAGGAACACCUGAAGCCUACAGCUUCCCGGAGACGGCCAAUGCCACCUGCGGGUGCACCACCUGGACCACCACUUGGUACGGCGAGGCUACUCUGGUCCCAGGCCCGUCGACCGUAUCGUCGUCGUCGUCCUCGUCGUCCUCGUCUGAGGUGACUUCUUCCUCGACCUGGGUCGCGCCUUCCACCUACGUCGCGCCCACGACCAGCACCAGCGAGGCUCCCAAGCCAACCAGCACAAGCCCCUCGUCUGCCGCGCCUCCACCACCCUACACCAAGGAGGUCGAACACCCCAAGCCGACCAGCAGCGCGCCAGCACCAACGACCUACGCCGCGCCAAGCUCUUCUUCUGCGCCAGCACCCAGUUCUUCAUCUUCCAGCUCUGAGGGAGGAUGGAACAUCCCAUCGUGGAGCGCUCCUUCGUGGAGCCAACCCUCUGAGAGCUCUGGUAACAACGGCUGGGGCCAUGGUGGAUCUGGAAACAGCGGCUCUUCGUCUCCAUCUCCCAAUGGCAACAAGUGGGCCAUGACCUACACUCCCUACACCUCCGGUGGCGAGUGCAAGUCUGCCAGCGACGUCGCCAACGACAUUGCCCAGAUCAAGGCCAAGGGCUUCACCACCGUCCGUCUCUACGCCACCGACUGCUCUGGCGUUCAGAAUGUCGGCUCUGCCUGCAACGAGCACGGCGUGAAGAUGAUCAUGGGCAUCUACAUCGACAGCGCCGGUCUCGACAAGGCCCGCGAACAGAUCUCGCAGCUCACCAACUGGGGCUCGUCGAACGGCUGGGACAAGGUCGAGAUGGUGGUCGCCGGUAACGAGGCCAUCUUCAACGGCUACUGCAGCGCUUCCGAACUCGCUGGCUUUCUCGGCGAAGUCAAGUCUGCCUUCAAAUCCGCCGGCUACAGCGGUCCCGUCACCACCACCGAGCCCCUUGGCACGAUCCAGGAGAACGCCAACACCAUCUGCGGUGCCGUCGAUGUCAUCGCCGCCAACAUCCACCCCUUCUUCAACGGCGCCAUCUCCGCGUCCGGUGCUGGUGAUUUCGUCAAGUCUCAACUCGACCUCCUCAAGGACGCUUGCGGCGGCGCCAAGGAAGCCUACAACCUCGAGACCGGCUGGCCAAGCAAGGGUGACUCCAACGGUGCCGCCAUCCCCGGCUACUCUGAGCAGAAGGAAGCCAUCGACGCGAUUGUCGCCUCCGCCGGUGGCAAGUCGGCCAUCUUCUCGUACGAGGACGACAGCUGGAAGGCGCCUGGUGAUCUCGGCGUGGAGCAAUUCUGGGGCUGCGCAUCCCUCUUCACGGAUUCAUGA